UGACUGGAAGGCAAACGCCGCGAUUCCCGGAAUCCCCUCCAGUUCCCUCUCGCUCUCCCCGACUCCUCCCCUUCCUGCCCUUCCUGCCCUCCCCCCGCGUCCCGAGGAUGCGACUCGCGCUCCCUUCCUCUCUUCCCGCGCGGCGCCUGCGACCCCAGGACCCCUCCGAGUGGCCCCGGGGCGCCCGCCGCUCUUCACCCCGCGGCCGCUCGCGGGCUGCUGCCCUCGGCCCUGCCCCGCGCCCUCCACGCGUCGCCCCUGCUGGGAGCCGCUUUCGUUGCCCCCGGCUCUGCGCCCCUCCACGUCCCACCCCACCGCACCAGGAUGCCCGGGACACCGGGCACUUGCCAUUGCAAGAUAUGUAAAAGUCAAAAGAAGAGUCUAAAAUUAGCAAAGAUGCUUUUGAGCUGGAAUGCCUCUGCCAUCAGAUCACUUAUUUUGUUUCUCAUGGUGUGUAUCAGCCUCGCCUUUGGUAUUUCACGUGAUUUGCCUGAUUAUGCAAAUGAUUCUUGCACCAUAAAGAUAUCAUUGCGAAAUUUCCGGUCCAUCGUAUCAUGGGAGUUAAAAAACCACUCCGUCGUACCAACUCACUAUACAUUAACGUACACAAUUAUGAGUAAACUAGAAGAUAUGAAGACAGUUAAGAACUGUGAAAAUACCACAAGAUCAUUUUGUGACCUCACAGAUCAGUGGAAAAGAGAAUACGAGCUCUACCUCGUCAACCUAGAAGGAUUCAGCGGGAACACAACCUUGAUCACUUGCACACACAAUUUCUGGCUGCCCAUGGACAUGUCUUUUGAACCACCAGAGUUUGAGAUUGUUGAUUUUACCAGCCACAUUAAUGUGACAGUGAAAUUUCCAUCUGUUGUUGAGGAAGAAUUACAGUAUGAUUUAUCACUCGUCAUUGAAGAACAGUCAGAGAAGAUUGUUAAGAAGCAUAAACCCGAAAUAAAAAGAAACAUGACUGGAAAUUUCACCUAUGUCAUUGACAAGUUAAUUCCAAACACAAACUACUGUGUAUCUGUUUAUUUUGUGUCUAAAGAUCAGGAGACAGUAAUAAAGUCUCCGUUAAAAUGCACCCUCCGUCAGCCUUGCCAGGAAUCAGAAAAAUCUCUCAGUGCAGAAUGCCUUCUCUUUUCAUCUCUGGACUCUCAGGUCAAUUAAUUCCACCAGUCAUGGUGAAACAACUUUAUGAACUCUCCCCAUCUCGGACUAAGAGAUUAGCCAUUUUUCCAGAUGGGACUCAAUGAUAACGGCAGUGUCGAGGCUAUUUCACUGCACUUGAACAGUUCAUCAAAGGAGUCGUAAAGAGCCAUUCUCCUGAAGAAAUGGCAAAAACUUCAUCCAAUGUAACAACUGUAUGAUGUUUCCCAUUUUGAUUAUUGCAUUGUAUUUUAAUUUGUGCAGAAUAUUUAAGAAUGUUCCUUUUAGAAGUGUUAUGUCUGUACCUGUCUGAAGAGUGACAUUAAACUUUGAAAGGACUUCAAAAAAAAAAUUCUUGUUUGAAACUCUGGAAGCAAAUAGGUUCCAGUAACAUGGCCUCUCUCACUAUCCGCUUGCCAUCUGACCUACCCUCAACUAGCCAAACUCAGAAACCAGACAGUUUGGAUGGUGAGGGAUCUGGGAAGGAGAGCCCAAGACCAGCAUUAACACAGGCUCAGCAGUAAGCACUCCCGUCUUAGGGCAGACUGAUAUGGGGCGGGGCAGGGGGACUUUAGCCCAGAGAUCUAGAGAAACACCUUCCCCUUGUCAAGCCCUAAAAUACAUUGAUUGGCUCUUUUAAUCAUAAGGCCCUAAGGAAAAGCUCUAUUCAUUCAUUUGACAAAUGUGUAUUGGUGGCCUAUUAAUGAGCCAGAUUCUUUCCUGGAUAUUGAGGAUUUUGCAGUAAAUAAAAUAGAUAAAAACAUCUCACCUUGUAGAGCUUACACUGCAGUGCGAGACAGAGUAACAAUAUCAAAAUGUAAACCAUAUAGUAUAUUAAGUGACAGUAAGUACCACGGAAAAAAAAUUAUGCGGGAAAAGAGGUGAGGGGAACGUCAGCUGGAGGGGAGUGGGUUGCUAUUUUAAAUAGGACUGUGUCUUGAUUUGCAUUUGCUAGAUGCAGAGCCUGGGAUGUGAUUCAGAUUCAAGUGUGAUUUAUUGUUGGGGGCAUCUUAGAAGGGGAAAGAGGAAACAGCUAGGGUUGGGGAGAAAGAAAUUAGGUGAGCCUGUGGCUCUCAGCUGAGCCUGAUCCCAAGGGGUUCUCUGAAGCAUAAACUGUAUCCUAAAGUUAGCCGGCCAGUCAGUUAGCCAGCCUGUCGGUUACUGGGGGAGAGCUACAGCAUGGCCUCCAGGUGAGGUGGCCUCCUUUUGGCCAAGGGCAGUUCCUUAGAGAAGGAUCACCUCCGAGAUGCAUCAGCAGACACGUGCGGCAGCAGUAGGGGGUGUGCACUGAAGAGGGGACAUGGGCAGACCACCAACAGCAUCCACCUCAGGUGGCCACAGAGGGCCUUCCUGAGAAGGCAGCAUUUGAGUAAAGACCCAAGGGAGAUGUGGUAAGCAGAAUAGUGGCCCCCAAAGAUGUCUACAUCCUAAUCCCAGAUAUGUGAACAGACUAACGUCUAUAACAAAAGGGCUUGUGGGUAUGAUGAAAUUGAAGAUCUUGGCCAGGCGCAGUGGCUCAUGCCUGUAAUCCCAGCACUUUGGGAGGCGAGGCAGGUGGAUCACCUGAGGUCAGGAGUUCAAGACCAGCCUAGCCCACAUGGUAAAACCCCAUCUCUACUAAAAAUACAAAAGUUAGUCAGGUGCGGUGGCAUAUACCUGUAGUCCCAGCUACUUGGGAGGCUGAGGCAGGAGAAUUACUUGAACCCGAGAGGUGGAGGUUGCAGUGAGCCAAAAUUAUGCAACUGCACUCCAGCCUGGGCUAGAGAGCGAGACUCUGUCUCAAAAAAAAAAGAAAGAAAGAAAGAAAGAGGCAGGAGACUCAGAGGCAGAGAAGGAGCUCUGACAGCAGCAGCAGAGGUCAGAGAGUGAGGAUGAAGGAGGGGGCCAUGAGCCAAGGAAUGCAAGUGACCUCUAGAAGCCAGGAAAGGCAAAGAAAUGGGUCUACCCCUAGAGCUCCAGAGGACUGCAGUCCUGCUAACGCCUUAAUCUUUUUUAUCCCAGUGAAGCCCAUUUUAGACUUCUGACCUCCAGAACUAUUAAUAUAACAUAAUAUAUUUGUAUUGUUUUAUGGCACUAACUUUGUCAUAAUUUGUUACGGUAGCAGUGGAAAACAAACACAGGGUGAGGGAGCGAAUCACACAGACAUAGCAGGGGAGGGAGUUCCACAUGCGAGGUUCAGCAAGUGCAGAGGCCCUGAGGCAGGAUGUGCAUGGCAUGGCACAGCAGGAGGGAGCUGAACAAGGGAAGAAUAGUAACAGUUCAGGUCAGAGAGGAUGGAGGAGGCUGAAUGAUGUAGCACUUGGAAGCCGUUGCAAGAAAUGGCCCUCAGAGGGUUGUGAGCAGGUUGCUCACUGUGAUCUGAGUUAGGGUGUCAAGGGAACAUCCACAUGCCUUGAAGUGUGAGCCAGGUGACCUGGGCUGAUUACUGCAGUCCCCCAGUGGGGAGGCGGUGUGGCUUAUUGCAGAGAGAUAAUAGGGGAGGAACUCUUUUUUUUUUUUUUUUUUUUUUUUUUAAGACGGAGUUUCGCUCUUGUUACCCAGGCUGGAGUGCAAUGGCGCGAUCUCGGCUCACCGCAACCUCCGCCUCCUGGGUUCAGGCAAUUCUCCUGCCUCAGCCUCCUGAGUAGCUGGGAUUACAGGCACGUGCCACCAUGCCCAGCUAAUUUUUGUAUUUUUAGUGGAGAUGGGGUUUCACCAUGUUGAUCAGGUUGCUCUCGAUCUCUUGACCUCGUGAUCCACCCGCCUCAGCCUCCCAAAGUGCUGGGAUUAUAGGUGUGAGCCACCGCACCUGGCAAUAGGGGAGGAACUCCAAGAGAUUGAGGUUAGACAUCACCAAUCUUUCCACAGGGUUCUUUCUCUUUCCGUUAAAGCUUAUAGUGAUCAGAUAUUACCAGCCCGGUUGCUCAGUGCAUCCAUCUGCUUGUGAGGUUUCUUAUAUUCGGUUUAAAAUAUCUCCACAAUGAAUCCAGAGACAGACACGUUUGCCCAAGGCCAAAUUUUGAAGACAUUUGAUCUCUCCUUCCCAAGAUGCUCACUCAUCUUUCAUGAAGAAGAUAGUUAACAGCAGUAACAUUCAAUCACAGCUUCUCCUUUUUUAAGUUGGAACACUGACGAGAUUCAUCUCUUUACAAAUAUGAAUAUUUAAAAAUAGCAUGCAUGUAUAAUUGUCAUGACCCCACGUGAGAUUUGAUUUUAUUUUAUUUUUUUGAGUUGGAGUUUUGUUCUUGUUGCCCAGGCUGGAGUGCAAUGGCAAGGUCUCAGCUCAGCAUACCUCCACCUCCUGCGUUCAAGUGAUUCUCUUGCCUCAGCCUACUUGGCCACCACACCCAGCUAAUUUUUUGUAUUUUUAGUAGAGACUGGGUUUCUCCAUGUUGGUCAGGCUGGUCUCGAACUCCUGACCUCAGGUGAUCCGCCCACCUCAGCCUCCCAAAGUGCUGGGAUUACAGGCGUGAGCCACCAUGCCCAGCCAAGAUUUGUAUUUUUUAGAUUAUCAUCAAACUGAAAACAAAAAGUUUAAGUUCUCCUAAAGAAUUCUUAGACUCUGCCAGGUGCAGUGGCGCACACCUCUGAUCCCGUUACUUUGGGAGGCUGAGGUGUGCAGAUCACAAGGUCAGGAGUUCAAGACCAGCCUGACCAGCAUGGUGAAACCCUGUCUCUACUAAAAAUACAAAAAAUUAACCGGGCAUGGUGGUGCACACCUAUAAUCCCAGCUACUUGGGAGGCUGAGGCAGGAGAAUUGAUUGAACCCAGAAGGCAGAGGUUGCAAUGAGCCGAGAUCACGCCAUUGCACUACAGCCUGGGCGACAGAGCAAGACUCCAUCUCAAAAAAAAAAAAAAAAAAAAGAAUUCUCAGACUUAUGAGAAUACCCCAAAUUGAGGAAUAUUAUCCUAGCAUAUUAACUACAAUUUAUACAGUUUGGUUUAUAGGAUGUCCUAUUACAUAGUUGACAUAGAGUGCUUUGUAGCUAUUACAUGAAAGUUGGGUAGGUACAUGAGUCAGAAUCUCAGUAUGAUGCCAUUGCUUCGCCAAUGAAAUCAUUUUUGGUUUACAGUACCCUUUUCAAGAAUGUAAACUCUAUACAUGUCAGAAUUGUGUAUAUUAAAGGCGUGCCUCUGUGGCCAGAUCUGAUUCUAGAACUGUCAUUGAGAUGACAGUCCAAUUCUUCACACUCUUAAUGGGGAUGAGAGUGGACUCUGGAACCAUGUGCUUUCUAGCAGUGCAUGAGUUUUUACUGAACUUCUUUCUAUUCAUUCCUUAACCUUCUAGAAGACUGAGAGUGUAUAAUCCAUUUUUAUCUCCUUUUUUCUCAUCUCUAUCUGUUUUUGCCUGAGGCUGUAGUUCCAGGAUUAAUGCUAAGGAAGACCUUUCUUGAAGUGCAAGGGAGCCCUAGUGGUAGAAGAGAGCCUGAUGAUUUCUUCUCAGCCUGGGCACGCAUCAGGAAAAUAACUAUGAUCGGAAAGUUGAAAUUGUCCAAAAGGAAUUUUGAUGAGAAACUAAGGGGAAGUGUUAACAGCAAGGCGAGUUCUGCAGAGCCCUGAUUUGGGGCCCUGGUGUGGCUAAAGUCCAGGCUCAGAGUGAGCAACUACCAGUCGGUUGUUUACAGACAAACUUUCCUUCCUCAGCACAUGCUAACUAGCGUGGCCACUGAAGUUGGAGAUGUGUCUCACGUGACUGAGAGACGGAGCUCUUAAUUCUAUUUAAUUUUGAUCAUUUAAAUUCAGCCAACUAUAGUUAGUGGCUACUGUAUUGGACAGUGCAGUUAUAGAACGUAAACUGAAGGAAAUUUUACUCUUAAAAGCGAAGUCUAUUGUAUUGUUUAAAAAAUGCCCACUUAGAUUAUUCUCUAGUCUUUGGUAUUUUGCAAUAUAAAACUGUUUUCUCAAACCUUUGGUUUCUUGAUCGCCUUCUAACACUGGACCAAUGUAUAUUUAUUUCCAUCUGCAAUUGUUUAUUGCAUUUUUUUGA